CUCCGCGUGGCAGUUUUAAGCGCGAUCCGACUGCGAGACACGCAAACGUUCGGGAAACAAGACCCGUACGUCGUGCUGAAAUGCGGCGGUCACGCGGAUACGUUCCGAACCAAGGUGUGCCGAGACGGAGGCACGGCGCCGAAGUGGAACGAACGAUUCACGUUCGCGCUCGCGGGCACGGAGGGGAAUGAGCUGAACUUGAGAAUUUGGAAUAGGAACACGAUGACGAGCGAUAAGUGCAUCGGAAGCGCGACGGUGAAGCUAGAUGCGGUGUUUAAGAAUGAGACCGAUGAUGUGGAUGUAGAGGUGUUUGAUACGAAGGGAAGAGCGGCGGGAGUGAUUAACUUGGUGCUGACGUUUACGCCGAGC